AGUCACCGAACGGCGAACAGUCGUCUUGACGUUUUCGCCGCGGUGUAGUCGACUGCCGUUCGGCCAAAUUCCGACCGAAUGCGUGCAUAGUCGCCUAGAGUGUUAUGUUCCACUGCGAGUUGACAUUCAUCGACAUCAUCACAUAGUAUCUACACGAUAAUUAAUAAAAACGGUCGGCUACGGACGAUGGCCGCCACAGCGGUGACAAGGGCUCAUAACCGGGCUAUCGCAAAGGGCACAGAUCCAAAGGCAGCCACUUGCCGGGCAAAGUUGCAACGAGCGCGGUCUGCUUUGAACCGGCAGAUGGACCGGGAGCUGAGGUUACGCGAAGGCGCCGAGAACCUGUUGCGGGCCACCACCAUGGAUGGUGGUAGUAGCGAUAACAGUGGUAUCGUCGGUAGUGGCGGCGGCCGCAGGAAUAAGAGCAAAAGCAGAAAGCUCAUCAGGCAGACAGUGGCACUGGAGUUGAGUUUCCUAGAUUCCAACGUCCGAUUGCUGGCUGACGAGCUGGCUGAACUCAACGGUUCCGUUGAUGUCUACCAACACCGAGAUGACGACCAUGACGGCGAAGAUGAUUUUGACGGACCAGCCGUGGUAGGUGCUAGUGCAAACGGUUCAAUGGUGAAUCGACGGCGACUGCACCGGCAACGGCUAAUGCCCAUGAUUGCCGUGCCGUUGAAAGACACCAGGCCCAUAGAUUUUGGACCACCACUCGAGCGGUUCAUCAGUCAACACUAUGGCGUGGAUUUGUCAGCGGCACCGGAAGAGACGAACGCUAGCCAAGGGGGUGUAGGGGAAAAUGGAGACGACUGCGAUGGCAGUGGUGUCGCGGUGCGACGGCGUUCGUUGUCGUUACGCGAAGCCAUCGACGAAUUGACGCAGCUCCGGGUGGACACACAGACGCCUAGCAGAGACUUGGACGGCGUUCGACUUUUGCUACGGUAUUACAGGCAACUGUACUACGUAGAUCGCAGGUUUUUCCCACCGGCUUCUUUUGCGGUACCGGUGACGACAACGUCGCGACAUUAUCAACAACAUAAUCGUCAGCAGCAGGACCCCAAUUAUCGUCACGUUAAGCAACAGCAGCAACAGUAUUCGCCCGCCGUCGGUUCAUCAUUGACGUCACCACCACCGGCCAUUUAUUUCGAGUGGUACGAUUCGUUUGGUGGUCCAGUGCCGUCGUGCGGACAACGCACCGUCCGGUUCGAGCAAGCGUGCGUACUGUUUAACGUGGCUGCGGUGCACACGCAAAUGGGCGCCAAGCAUGACCGGUCGACCUCGACUGGACCUGACGUGGCCGAUGGGGCCGCGGCUGCUGCGCAAUGCUUCCUGCGGGCCGCCGGCGCGUAUCGGCACAUCGGCGACACGUUUGCAAACGCGCCCGCCCGUGCCGCCGAUCUGCGCGCCACAGGCGUAUUAUACGCAGUCAUGAUGGCUCAGGCUCACGAAUGUGCUUUCGAGAAAUUACAAUGGCGCUUCUUGACGUCCGUUCGGCAUCGGUGUAGUCGUAAACGUCAUCGAGGCGACCAAGCCAAAGAAGCUGAGGCCGACGCAGAAGGACUUGGUAGUGGUGACCGUCGUAACCGUGGUGACCGAGAUGCCACAACGAGACGAACAUCGGCAUCAGGUAUCAGUGGUGGUAACGUUGGAGGGACGUGCGAGGUAACCGCAAAUACGCCGUCGUGGACAGAGUUGGCUCGUGAAGCGGCCCACGUGUCGCGAAUGUACGGGGAUGUGGUGUACAAUAGCUGCAGCCGCCAGUCCAACGAAAAAGCCGCCCAUCGUGGUAAGGAAAACGGUGGCGAGCAGGGUGUAGCGGCGACACCGGCGUCUAUUUUGCCGGACGUCUGGGUGGCCGUGUGCCGGAUCAAAGACCGGCACUACGCGGCGCUGGCGUACCGUUACGCUGCGUGCGCCCUGCUCCCGUUCCGUCGAUGCGGCGCGGACGGACAGCCGGACAAGCAGCACCAUAUUGGUGGUGCCCGCCGUCGUGGCACCGUCGACUCGGACGCCAAUCAACUGCUGACGGAGCUGACAGCGGCUGCGGCGGCCGCGGGUCUUGGGGUGGCUGAUGACGACGACGACGAUGACGAGACGAGCUCAGUGGCGGUGCGGCAACGGCGGCGUCGCAAGCAACUUGGUAAGCUGUUACUGGAGGCGGCGGCAGCGGCCCACGACCGAGCGGACCGCGCACUGCGUCUGUGUCGGCAGCUCCGGGUUAAAUCCGAGGGGAACACAUCGGGCAGCGGCGGUGGAGGGGGUUUGCUAGCCGGCGUGUUGGACCGAGAACGCCAGCGGACAGUACGGUUGUUGUUAUCGCACCUCCGUGACGAAGAAGAAGACGAAUACGCUACGGCCGAAGGUGAAGGCGGUGGAGGUGACAGCACUCGCAGAGAUGGCCGUGCCGAGAAGAAUUGUAGCCGUUGCUGGGAUUGCCACGACUGUUGCUCGGACGACGACGGUGUCGACGCUGCUGCGGUAGCGGAUUAUUGUUCGGGCGACCAAGAGGAGCUUACCGCUGCCGGGAUCGCUGGCGUACCUGGCCUGGACGUCGACCGUGGUGUGCUAAUCAGACCACGGACCAGAUUUCGAUUAAUGUCGAUUGCGCCUGACUUCACGGACACCGGUGACGGAGGCAACUACAACGAUGGUGACGUGGAUGGCGGUGACGAAUACGACUUGGGCGGCUCGGCGGUGACCAAACAACGUAGCGGUAGUGAUGAUCGACACCGACAGAAGAGGGAAGAGAGGCAGCACGAGACCGCCGAUCGCGAGGAACGCAGAGCUGAUCUGUUCGCCGGGCUAGGGCCUGUGGCCGUGUUUUCGGCGCGUCACCAGUGUUCGCGGCCCCGGUGGGUGAAAGUCACCCGUGGUGGAAGCCGUCAUCGUUCUCCCGGUGGUGGCGACGAAGACUUAUGUGACGACGACAAAUCUCUUGCAUCUAUAGAUCCGAUUCAGCUCGUGGACCGGUGGUUCGGGUUCGAGUUGCGCAGCCACGGUGGUGGCACAGCUGCGGCUGUCCCGCCGGCUACCAUAGGACACGUUAGGUCCAGUUCUCAGGCACAACACGUCGGCUUGAGACGUGGAGACAUAGUGGUGGCGUUGAAGCUAUGUGCUGGCGAUGGCGGCAGCGGCAGGGCGAUUGACGUCAGGUGGGAGACGUGCCGCAGGGUGGCCGAGUUUAUCGUUCGCCAUCAUCAGAGACGUCGGAAAUCAAGUUCCGGGGAAGGAGCUGUCAUUCAGUUGAAAGUCGUCACGCCGAUCACUGCCUCGGGGGCGUCUGACGGCUACGUUGAUCCAAACAAGAUUUAUAAACGGAGGAGUACAAAUAUGGCGGCCUUAAAUUCAAAUAUACAUUCCGCUCCACCACUACCACCCAUGUUGUCACAGACCACCUCUAAACAACGUCGCCAACGACGACAGAACACAAAUGGUGGCAGCGAAGGAACAGAGAGUACUAAUAAAAAAAUCACAUGGUUAUGGAAUCCUUUCAGACGGCGGCGAAGAAGCGUAGUCGGCAAUAAGUGUUAAAAAAUGUGCACAAAUGUAAUGACUGUUAAUUGUCAUAAAAUAUUAAUGGAUGUUAAAUGUAUAUUGUUUGUAGCCGUAAGAUACUUAAAGGAUAAUAUUUUACUAUUAUGAUGUAAAUAAUAAACGCAAGAUAUACAUUUAAAA